CCGCCAACGCUUUCUUUCUGACUUCACCGUCACCGCCUUCCAUGAGCCAUGCUGGCCAUGCUGAGUGCUUCAGCGCGCUGAGUGCUGCUGUCGAGCAUCGAUGGGUGGUACGGGGCCAUUGAGCGGCGCCGGGGCUGCGGCGCUGGCCUGGAGAGUGCUUCUCUGGGUGGUUCUGAUUGGCUUGUUGCUCGAGGCGGGAUAUCGGGCCUAUGACAUCCGCUUGUGGGCCAUCAAGGACUAUGGACCGAUCAUCCAUGAGUUCGAUCCCUGGUUCAACUACCGAGCCACGGAAUAUUUGGCGCAGCACGGCUGGAACAAGUUCUUCACGUGGUUUGACCACCAGUCCUGGUACCCUUUGGGCCGACCAGUGGCCACGACCAUUUAUCCUGGCAUGCAGAUCACGGCGGUUUUCCUCUGGCAGAUUUUGCAGCGCUGGGAUAGCUCCUGGGAUCUCAACCAAGUUUGUUGCUACAUGCCUGCCUGGUUCGGCGCUGCCACCAGCCUCUUCACCGGGCUUUUGACCUUCGACGCCCUGGCCGGGCGUGACGCUGGCCCGAUGCCCUCCGGUGCGGCGGUGCUGGGUGCGGCGGCGGCGGCGCGGUGCAUGGCGAUCGUGCCGGCGCACUUGAGCCGCUCCGUUGGAGGAGGUUUCGACAACGAGGCAGUGGCCAUCGGCCCCAUGGUGGCCACCUUUGCCUUUUGGUGCCGCGCCCUGCGACCGGGACUCUCCUGGCCGUGGAGCUUCUGCGCCGCGGUCUCCUAUAGCUUCAUGGCGGCCUCCUGGGGAGGAUAUAUUUUCGCCUUGAACAUGGUGGGGUUACAUGCCGGGCUUUUGGUCUUCCUGGGAUCCGCUGGCAAUCUCUACGCGGCCUACAGCCUUUUCUUUGUGGUUGGAACGUUGGGCGCAAUCCAGGCCCGACCGGUCAGCGUGCUGGUCUGGUUUCGGUCAGGCUUCGAGCGGCCGAGGCUGCGAACCGGUGCGAUAACCUUCUCCUCGCGUGGAGGCCUUUGCUUCACUGCCCCUGUGGGAUUUCUCAUCGUGUUGCUCCGGGUCCUCUUGCGUCCUUGGCGAGCGGAUGCGGAUUGGUUCAUGUUGGCCCUGGGUGCCGUCAGCUACUUCUUUGCGCGGAAGAUGAAGCGGUGGGGUUGCGCCGUGGCGUUCCUCGCCGAUGUCGCCCUGGCCUCCGCCGAGUUCCGCCUUGGACGCUCCGAGCACCGCCGCGGGGCCUGGCUGGACCAGCCAGUGCCGCGGCUGCUGCGGCUGGCGGCGGUGAUGGGCACGUGCUACCUGCUCAAGCCCCAGGUUGAGGAGUUCUUGCAUUUCUGCGAUCACAAGGCGCGGUGGUCGUUGUCUCAUCCACAGAUCGUGACCAAGGCGAAGGAUGGCACGCUCAUCGAUGACUAUCGACAGGCCUAUGGCUGGCUGCGGCAGAACACGGCCUCCGACGCACGGAUCAUGGCCUGGUGGGACUAUGGUUAUCAAAUCGCCGGGCUGGCCAACCGCACCACCUUGGCCGACGGUAACACCUGGAACCACGAGCAUAUCGCCCUCCUGGGCCUGGCACUGUCCUCGCCGCAAGGGGAAGCUCACAAGAUCGCUCGACACUUGGCUGACUAUGUCUUGGUUUGGUCCGGCGGCGGUGGGAAGGACGACGUCGGGAAGUCGAAGCACAUGGCGCGCAUCGCCAACAGCGUCUACCGAGGCCACUGCAAUGAGGACGACUGCGAUCAGUAUGGGAUCUUCCCAGACGGCCAGCCGAGCAAGAUGAUGGAAGCAUCCUUGGUGUAUCGUCUCUGUGGCCGCGGCUCCCUGGACGAGCGCCUCUUCCGCGAGGUCUACGUCAGCCACCACCGCCGCGUCCGCGUGGCGCAGGUCCUCGACGUCUCUGCCUCGUCGCGGCGCUGGGCGGCGAGCGCGGAGGCCAAGCGCUGCGACGCGCCGGGAAGCUGGUAUUGCCCUGGCAGCUAUUCGCCCGGGCUGCAAGAGCUCUUUGAUCCCAAUGCCACCCAUCAGGAGGCGUUGGAUUAUCAAGCAGCCUACGCGACGCGCGUGCAGGAGCAGCUGAAGGAGAAACCAUUACCCAAUCAAGAGGGUUUGCCUCCAGGGAGCUACUUGGAUUCGUGUCGAGGCUGCUUGAUCUCGGGCACCCGCCUCACCUGCAGCCACUGCCGAGCGCCUGGGUCGCCGUCCAUUGCCUCAAACUUGGAGUACCAGAAGUGCCCUUUGCCUCAGAUCAACAACAUCCAGGGCCGCUUGCAGUGCGAGCCCAAGCCCAACGCAGCGUCCAUUCCUCGCGGCGGCUACCAGCGAAGCUGCAAGGGCUGUGACAUGCAGGGCGAUGUGCUCCACUGCAGCCAUUGUGGCACAGCCUCCGGCAACCAGGUGCCCGCCAGCUUCGAGGUCCUACGCUGCCCAGCACCUGCUGAACUGGACAAUGACAAUGGCCGGCUGACGUGUCGAGGUGUCCCCAACGACCUCGCCUGCCCGCCUGGGCCAUAUCUGAAGUCCUGUCAAGGCUGCCGCUCCGAGGCUGGACACGUCUCCUGUGCCUUGUGCCGCCGGGCAGACGGGCGACAGGUGGCGGCGGAGGCAGCUGCGGGGCGCUGCCGGUGGCCGGCGCAGCUGGAAAACCAGGAUGGAGAGCUUGUUUGUAGCGGCUCGCUGGCUGGACCCUACAAGCAAAGUUGCUCCAAGUGUCAGCAGCUGGACGAUGUGUUGAGCUGUGAAUGCGCCAAGUCGGAUGGGCAGCGCUUGGUCAGCAGCUAUGAAGUGUCGCGAUGCCAAAGUCCUGCAGAGCUUCACAAUCGAGAGGGCAAGUUGACCUGUCAAGGCGUGCCCAAUGGCCGGCGACUUCCACCGGGCCCCUACCUGGAGAGUUGCGAAGGGUGCCACGUCUUCAAGGAGACCUUGCACUGUAGUCAUUGUCUCAACGCUGAGGGCCUGCAGCUGAAAAGUUCUUUGGAGGUAGCAGCCUGCUUGUCGCAACAGCGAAAACCUGAGAACGUCAACGGUGCUCCCAGCACCGGUGGGCGAUGGCCGGUGUCGGCCCGAGGUCACUACACCUCCACGUUGGGCCAUGGACACACAGUGCGGGGCCACAGUGGACUGGCGGCCAUGCUACAGGCCCUGGCGGCCUUGGACGAUGCCACGCUGCUCACAGUCAUCACGGAAACGCUUCAAAGAAGACCCGAGCUGGCGCCCGGCGUCGUCAACGGCGCGGUGCCGGACCUCACCUAUGCCCCGGCGGACUCCUUGACCAAGCGCCGCGCGACGGGGCGCAUCAAGCAGGUCACAGGCGCCACCGGCGUGGGCUUCAUCGACUGUCCGGAGCUGAAGGCGGUCUUCGGCCAUGAUGUGUAUGUGCACAAGAACCAGGUGGGAGCCUUUCCCAUUGGCACUGAAGUGAAUUUUGCCAUCUUGCUGAGCAAGGACAUGAAGCCUCAGGCCUUCGACCUGCAACCGACAGGCGCGGCGCGCGGCGCGGCCGUCCAACGGGUCGGCGGGCCGGACCACGGGUGCUUCGCAAUUCAUGCGCUGUUCGGUGUCACCGCGAGCCCGAUGGAGAUUCCGGGUGAAAGAGCUUUGGUGGCCGAUGGCUACUGGUGCGCCACACUAGGCCCUUUGCUGAUUCUGAAGCCUCCGAUCCUGGAAAAGCACCUCUGGCCGAUUCCAUCGCAGGCCUUGCGCAGCUUGGACGUCAACACUGGGCCGCUCGGAGUGCUCACCACGCUUUGGGGCACGCUGCUGCUGCACGAGCCGCUCAAGGCUCGCCUGGGGCACGAGCGGGUCUUGAAGGGCGUGUGCGGCAUCAACGUGGCGGCCAGCUGCGGCUUGGCGGCGCUGACCUUCUUGGCACCUUCCCGGCUUUUGUUGGCCGGUCUGGCUGCACAAGUGGCUGGAUUCGCAGCCUGGCAGGCCACUAGCUUCGCUGAGUGA